CAGUCUCUCACUGACCAUCACAAAGUGUUGUUAUUGUAUUUAUAUUUAUAUUUUUUUUUCUAUUAUUUUACUAAAAUUUCAUUGAAUAAUCGUGUGUACAUUUUUUUAUAUCAACAAAAAAUAAUAAUUAGUGAGUUACUCAUAAAAUUGAAACAGUUAUUAAAAUAUACAUGACAUUUAAAUAAAUUAUAUCUUUUUAAUAUGAAUUAUAUUUGACGUUUUAUGUGAUGUUUUAAUAAUUAAUAAUUGAAUAUUAUUAAUGAGUGUCAAAAAAAUAAUGUGGACGCAAAAAUGGGAAACUUAGCCACUGUGGUGAAAUUAAGUGUUGCAGUUUUGUUUGUGGAUUAUGUCCAGGCAAUUGAGGUGAAUCAAUCACAAGAAUGUAUCGAGACAUCGAGUGGAUGUUUGUGGUGUCGAGGAACAACCUGUGCUCGUUGUGCAGUUUUACAUCAUCGUGGAAAUUGUGUAGAGACUUGUCCACCAGGUCACAUUGCCGAUUGGUCAACAAAAGACGAAUAUAUGGGAAAAAUUUGUCGUGAAAUUGGCUAUAUGUUUGGUUUAAGUGGUAAUCAAAUUGCAAUUAUUGUUGGUGUUAUAUCUGGAGUUGUAAUAUGUUUAUUUGUUAUACUUUGUGGUGUAAUUAUAAUUCAUCGAAGAAAAAAAAAAACAGCUAAAUUAAUGCGACAAUAUGAAGAUAGCGCUGAGAGAAGAGAAUUUCUCAAGCAUCUUGGAACAUUGAGAAGUGAGGCAAAUACAUUUCUUGCAAUGUUAAAUGACACGAGAAGACAAGUCAGGGAAUUGUAUUAUUCUGGUAAUAAUGGUGAUGGUGCUGUUGGAGUUCAAGCCUACAGACCGGUGCUACGAGACCUUGCAAGAAUUCUUGUUCUUGUUAAUAGAAAAGACGAGGAAAUAUCACAACCACCAAGUGACUGGCAACGAUUAUUAGCAUGGGCUGAACGUCUUCUUCGACGAUACAAAAAACACUCAUCACCUGAGGUGGCACAACUGGUGACAUUUCUUCAACAACCAUCAUGCCAAUUGACAAAUCAAACAAAUCAACAAAUAGCCAUAACACAAGCAUCACAAACAUACGAAAUGCGUGCAACACCAACAAAUUUAACAACAUUCCAAGCAAAUUCACCAUUGACAACAUUUCAAGCAAGCGACAAAUCAAGUAUAAGUCCAGCAUCAUCAAGUCUUGGUUACAAUAAAGAUAGUCCAAUAUUUUCAACACUUGGACGUAAUUCAUCAUCAAUAUAUAAUGAAAAAUUAAGUCCAUCAAGUUCAACUGUUGCCCAAACAACACCACUUGUUUAUAAUAAUUCAUCAUCAUCACCAAUACUACAAGAAUUAACAAUAUCAGCAUUUAAUAAUCAUUAUAGUCAUAAAAAUAGUGAUAAUACAAAUGGUUCUGGUGCUGAUGAUUCAGAAUAUAAUUAUUUAAAUAGUGAUUUAAAUCCACAAUGGGAAUUUACAAGUCCUACUGAAACAACAAAUUAUACUAUUCUCAAUGAUUGGGCACCUGGACGUGACUACCUCAUUGAUGAUUUUACAACACUGGGAUUUCGACCGCAGGAUGAAAUAACAACUGAAUUAUAGUUUAUUAUAUUUUAUUUGCAAUUUUCUUAUUUAUAACAAAUUAAAUUAAUAAUAUAUAUUUAGAUAAUGAUAAAUUUAGAAAAAAAAAAACAAUCAUCAUGAUAAACAAUUGGUUUUUUUUAAUGAUAAACAAAAAAAAACCUUCAAUUAUAUAAAAAUUUGACUGAAUUUGAUUGUAUUGAUAUUCUUUGAUGAUGAAUUUCUGUUUUUUUUAGAAUUUUUGAUGUAAUUUAAUAAUAAUUUUACGUAAUUUUUAACGAUAUCUGCACUAGUCAAUGUUUUUUUUUCUUUUUUUAAAUAAAUAAACCAUCAUCACUGAUGAUGUGCAGUGUUGUAAAUGAUUUAUGUCGUUUGCUAUUUACACAUAAUCAUUGUUUUUGUUUUUUAAAUAAAUUUUUUUUUUUCAAAUUACAUUUUUAUCGGUGUAUUAUCAACUUUAUAAAUUGUCAGACAUAUCAAUAAGUUUUUUUAUUGUAUUUUUAAAUCAUCAGUGAGAGGUUGGAUGGGAAUUUUUUAUUUGUUUAUUUUUUUGCACGGCUUAGUAUCAAUUUUAGAGAGGCUGUAACAUGUACAAAUUCAUUGUAAAUAUUAUAUAAAUAAUUUUAAUAGUUUUAAUAAUUUUAUUCAAUAUUUGAAUAUCGUACAAUUAAUAAUAAAGUAUACAAGAUAAAAAAAAAUCAAUAUUAUUAUAGAUAUAUUAUAAUUGUCAUCGAAAAAUAAAUUUAAAUUUUCGAAAAAUCAGUGGAUUAUUAUGACAAUGAAAAUUUAAAGUGUAUUAAUUAUUAUUUAGUGAUUGUUUUAUUACUUUUUUUUAAUGUUAAAUAAUUCAUAACAAUUUACUACGUUGACAGUUAAAAUUUAUUGAUUCCUUUUUCUUUGUAUUACGUUGAAGAAAAUACACAGUUAAUUGUGUGAUAAUUUCUAUUAUCUUUAAAAUUAAAAACAGUUUAUAAUUUCCAUUUUACAGAUAAUAUUUUCUCUCGAUGAAUUUUCAUCUUUCAAAUUUUCGCUGUAAACGGAAAUCGCCAUCAUUGGCGCUUGCGUAUAUUAUUUUUUUAUCUCUUUCCUACUCAUCAUUGUCUUUCCCCUCCCGCCAAAUAAAUCCUUUAAAAAAAAA